AUGGACUACGAAUCGGCCGCCCAGUUGAACGACGACGCUGUCGCUCAACUGCUGCCUCAGUUCAAUGAUGCUGGACCGACUACUGCACCCAAGGAUCCUCCCCAGGAAGAGGAUUCUUUGUCCGAAUACGCAUUGGCCCAACAGGCUUUGGCUUCGCACGCUCUUUUCGGAAAUGCCUCCGCAGAUAAUAGUCGAGUCGAAGAUCCGGUUGAAAACGACUUAUCCCAAGACGCCGUACCUGAGAACACUGUGGCUGAGAGCGUUUCAAUAAUAAUGGAAAUCCCUGAGGCUGAUGAUCCUGUGCGAUCAACUACUCGCCGCCGAGCAGCUCGAGCAACUACAGUCGAAAAGGUUGACCACAUACCUCAGACCUUGCAGUUACCUCAAAUCGAAGUUCCUUCCCUCGCCGACAGCAACGAAUACGAGUUCCUUCCUGGGCACUUUGAAGUUCACUGUGUGAUCAGUGAAACGGACCCUGUCAACGAGAUUUACAAAGUCAAGCUACGGAGUGGAGAGAUCGACACGGUAUCAUCGACUCAGCUCGAAUCCCUAACCAACGGACAAGAAGCCUUGAUCCAUUUCCAACUGGAUGGACCGCGCAACCUAUCCACGGAAGACGACUCCUCAUCUGACUUGCAACCACGAAGAAGGGGUCGCCGUUUAACUCGACCCCAGUACGCCGAAUUUGCCUCUACUGAAGACGAUUCCUCUUCUGAAGCGCAGCCUCGACGAAGGGGUCGCCGCUCUACUCGACUUAAACAGACCACAUUUACAGACUAUUUUGACAACGACAGCGACAGGAUGAGUCGCACCCGUGAUUCGAGCGAUGACAUUAUCGUGUCGUCGAGGAAAACCGGCAGGAAGCGUCAAUUGCGAAGAGGCCGCCGUGCCAUAAACUUGGAAGAAGGCUCAGAUGCCGACAAUGAUUUUGUCUCCGCCAAGGGAACUCGGUUUUCGACUCGGACGCGCAAGAGCGCGCGGGAGAAUCUUCGUGACCGAUUCGAAGAUGACAUUUCCGAGCAUGAAGAAAGCUCGAGAAAGCAGAAAUUCUUCGGUGCUAGGGAAGUCUUCUAUUCGGUUCCAUCAGAUGAUCCCUUCCGACUCAAACAUCGGGACUCGUGCGAUGCUUGCCGUGAGACUGAAGAUGACAACGACAAAGGCCCUCUCGUAUUUUGCCAAGGAUGCACCAGUGCCUAUCACCAUUCUUGUCUCGGUCCCAGGGCAACGCGGGAACAUCUGGUCACCAAAGUAUCAGAAACCCUUUUUCUCCUGCAAUGUCGCCGCUGUCUGGGCGUGGCUCGCUCAAAAGAUUCUAUUAAUCCUCAUCUUGGCUGCUGUACCUCGUGCAAUGUCAAAGGGAACAUGGCCGAGCCACUGAGGGAACGCUUGUCGCCCAAGCAGGAGCAGGAGCUUCGCCAGCAGAAUGAUGGGAAAGAUCCAGCUACUUCUGUAGACGAAGCCCGCGUGAACAACGUUGAUAAUAUACUCUUUCGCUGCAUUUCUUGCCAGCGGGCAUUUCACUUCGAACACCUGUCGUCGUCCGACGAAAUGUGUCAGGACUGUGUCUCGGUUCCCAGGGAGGUCGGUGCCAUGGUCGCCUGGAGGCCCAAGGAUCCGAAGAAUCUUAUACCAGGUUACACGGCAACUGUCCUGGAGGAAUCGGAUAAGGAUUACCUGAUUAAAUGGAAAAGUCAGCCCUAUAGUCAGUCCACCUGGAUGGAUGGGACCUGGGUCUGGGGUGUCGCGAGUCACACUAUGCGUCACGCAUUCCUCAAAUCCGACAAAUGCUUGACCCCCCAUAUGACGGUCGAGGAGGCCAUUCCUGAGGAUUAUAUGCGCAUUGAUAUUGUUUUUGAAGUGCAAUUCUCCGGUAAUAACCCACGUGAUCGGACUGAAGAGGUGGACAUGGCCCGAGUGGAUCAGGUAUCGAAGGUCUACGUGAAAUACAAAGGCCUGCCUUACGAGGAAACAGUCUGGGAUUCACCUCCGGAUAGAAGUCAAACCGAACGAUGGGAUGAUUUCAUCGCGGCUUACAAAGACUGGGUGCGCCGUGAUUACGUCCAUACCCCCGACACGCAAUCUCUUAACAAGCACCUUGCUCAUGUUCGAAAGCAAGACUUCAAAACUAGCGUCGUGAGAGAAACUCAGCCAGAGAUCAUGACCGGAGGAGAGAUAAUGGAUUACCAGAAAGACGGGAUGAAUUGGUUGUAUUACAUGUGGUUUAAACAGCAGAAUGCCAUUCUUGCCGAUGAAAUGGGCCUUGGAAAAACCAUCCAGGUCAUUGCCUUAUUUGCAACCCUCAUACAGGAUCACAAAUGCUGGCCCUUCUUGGUUAUCGUGCCUAAUUCUACCUGUCCGAACUGGCGGAAGGAGCUCAAAACAUGGGUACCCUCUAUUCGAGCAGUGACUUACUACGGAUCCGCAUAUUCGCGACAGCUUGCUCAGACGCAUGAAAUGUUUGGUAGCACUGACAAGCGUGAUCUCAGAUGCCAUGUCGUUAUAACGUCUUAUGAUGCCAUGACCGAUGAUGCAUCUCGAAAGGUCCUUUCUAGGAUCCCCUGGGGUGGAUUGAUUGUAGACGAGGGCCAGCGAUUGAAGAACGACAAGAGUCAACUUUACGACUCUUUAUCGCGAAUCUCAUUUCCUUUCAAAAUCCUUCUUACCGGCACUCCCCUUCAGAACAACAUUCGAGAAUUGUUCAACCUUUUGCAAUUCCUCGAUCCUACUCAAAAUGCCGAAAGGCUGGAAGAGGAAUUUGGUGUUCUUUCGAAGGAGAACAUUCCCCAGCUACAUGACAUGAUCCGUCCAUUCUUCCUCCGAAGAACGAAAGCGCAGGUGCUCACCUUUCUUCCGCCAGUCGCCCAAAUCAUUGUCCCAGUGUCAAUGACGGUGGUUCAGAAGAAAUUAUACAAAUCCAUUCUUGCCAAGGACCCAAAGUUGAUCAAAACAAUCUUUCAACGAGAGGACGAAGACCAGUCGACCAAACAAACAGAGCGUCACAACCUGAACAACAUUCUCAUGCAGCUGCGGAAAUGCCUGUGUCACCCCUUCAUUUACAGCAAAGCAAUUGAGGAGCGUAGUGCGAAUGCGGAGGCGGCUCACCGGCAUUUGGUGGACGCGGCCGGAAAGCUUCAGCUAUUGGAAUUGAUGCUGCCCAAGCUUCAAAAGCGUGGCCAUAGAGUUUUGAUUUUCAGCCAGUUUCUGGACAAUUUGGACCUUGUGGAUGAUUUCCUAGACGGAAUUGGGCUCUCGCAUCGUCGUCUCGAUGGCCGAAUGUCGUCUCUUGAGAAACAAAAGGUCAUCGAUGAGUACAAUGCGGAGAAUUCGCCCUAUUUUGCUUUCCUUUUGUCGACCAGAUCGGGAGGCGUGGGAAUCAACCUGGCCACGGCUGACACCGUUAUUAUCAUGGAUCCCGAUUUCAACCCUCACCAAGAUAUGCAGGCACUGUCUCGCGCGCACCGUAUUGGCCAGAAGAACAAGGUGCUUGUCUUUCAGUUAAUGACUCGGGGAAGUGCCGAGGAGAAGAUCAUGCAGAUUGGCAAGAGCAAGAUGGUUUUGGAUCACGUUCUCAUCGACCGGAUGGAUGCUGAGAACGACGAUGGCCGCGAUUUAGAGGCCAUUCUUCGGCACGGAGCCCAGGCACUGUUUGAAGAUGACGACUCGCGAGAUAUUCAUUAUGAUUCGGAGUCUGUGGACAAACUUCUUGAUCGCAGUCAAGUGGAGCAAGAGCGCCCUCGAUCGCCCAACGAAGAAGGCAAGACCGCCGAGUCGCAAUUCGGUUUUGCUCGAGUCUGGGCAAAUGAAUCCAACGAGCUCAGCGACCAAUUACAGGAUACUGAUGAACCCCUACCUAACGCGACUAUCUGGGAGAAAAUCCUGCAGGAGCGGGAAGAAGCAGCCGCCGAAGAAGCUCGACGUAAAACUGAAACCCUUGGCCGAGGCAAGAGAAAACGAACCACCGUCGAUUACGGUAACGAAGUGAACGAGGCGAACGAGGCGACCGAACUUUCUCCCGUCAAGGUGCGGCGCGUGCGCGAUGCUGACAGCGACAAAGAAUUUGUUGCCGGAGACGACCCUGUAGAAUCGGAAGCUGAUUCCGCCCCCGAGAUGGACUCGGACAGCUUAGAGCGGGAGGUUGUCGUUUCUAAAGUGAAACCCUUCAAACGCGUGUCUCCCACAGACGUUGCGCCCCCCGCAGUACCACCAGCGCUGGAUGGCCAUAUGGACAACCGCCUUUUGUGUCUAGCCUGCAACCAAAUCCACCCGGUUGGCCACUGUCGUUUGAAAUUGGCCGGAGUCGAGCACUGCGGGCUUUGCGGGCUGGCUCAUUUCGGACAUGCGCGCACCUGUCCUCACAUCCGAUCCCAAAUUCAAGUGGACCGGAUGUUGAAGGCUUUGAAACAAAGCACCGAAGCCCCUGAACUUGUCCGCGCGGCUAAGAAAUAUCUAAACGGGGUGCGUGGCAAUCUGGCACACGAGCAGAAGAAAAAGCUCGCCGCUCUGCACGGUCUCAGUCUUCCCGGCACGCCUGGGACUCCCGGGACUCCGGGCACUCCAGUCACCACUACCGCCAGUCCUGCCCCGGAUCCACGCCUACUAGCGGCACAAGGUCAACAAUCCAUGGGACAGACCCAGCAGCCUCCUCUUAGGGGAAACCAGGUCGAUCGCCAUUUCUAG